AUGUCGUCAAGACAGCCACACGCUGCCGUCAGGGACGAAAACUGCCCAACCGACGAGGAAGAGCAUCCACCUCCUGUCGAGGCCAACAGCAUGAACUCUCGAGCUCAGGUCGACUUGAUCGAUAUGCAGAGCCAGCCAGAUGGGAAAACAUCGUUCAUUCUGAAACUAUCAGGAUCACUUGACGAAGAUGGUGUCUUCGGGCUCUACAGACGAAAACUGCUGAAGAGGUUGCUUUCUACCUCGUUGAUAUAUUCUGUGACAAAGGAGGCCCCAUAUCCUGCACUUGUCAAGGAAGUUCUGAUGAUGUGGCCAGAGUGCAAGAUGGUUCACGGCAAACCCCGACAUUCCCAAUCGCAGGGGUCCGAUGGAACGUGCCAACAGGGAUAUAGAAGCAAUUCUCGCAUGUUGGAUGAAGGACACAACUCUACACAAUGGUCACAGGGACUGCGCUUUGUCCAGAAGAAGAAAAAUACCCGCUUUCACUCCGGAAUUGGAAGGACACCAUAUGAGGCCAUGUAUGGACAGAAGGCUCGUCUUGGUGUUGACGCAACUUCUGUACCAGAGGAAGUCCUGGACGGUAUGCAGACGGAGGAGCAGCUUGCAGAGGCACUAGGUGUUGUCAAUGAGGUCACAGAUACAGGAAGAGACAGGUGUUGA